AUGGGGCAGUAUCGCACACACAUCCGCCUCUCACUGCCCGAAAACACCGCGGAUGACAUCAUCGACCGUAGGGCUAUCAAGAACUUACGUCUCAUAACGAAAGGCGCCGCGGCACAAACGCUUGAUCUCAUUCAAAGCUCAAGCUUGGAGUGACGGUCGGAACAGCAAGUGGCCGCAGUUCGUGCACGAGGUGAACAAGUCAUCAUCCCUCCUCCGAAAACCUGGAAACAAUGGGUUAAUGCUAUGACUACUCUCUUUGCGCCUGCGAACAGCAUCGU